AUGGAAUGUUUUAAAAAAGAAGGCUGUUGUUAUUCAACUGUAUAUCGAGUCAUCCAAAGAUAUGUACAAUUUAAAGUCACAACAGAUUUGCCAAGAUCUGGUCGUCCACGAAAAUUGAACAACAAACAAAUGAAAUCUAUAGCAUUCACUGUGAAUAAUAAUAGUGGCAUUAGUCAUAGAAUCUUAUCAAGACGUUAUAAUGUUGACCAUAGAACAAUUGGUAGAAAUUUAAAACAACGAACACAUAUUCGUCCACGACAACGAAUUAAAGCACCGAAAUAUGUUAAAGAUCAGGAGAAGCGUGCACAAAAAUAUUCUGGAUUUUUAUAUCGUCAUAUUUCGAACAAUUGUUUUAUUGUCAUGGAUGGUGAGAAAUAUUUCAGCUUAAGUGGUGUUGAUAUACCUGGAAAUUCAUUGUAUUAUACAAGUGAUCGUUCUAGUACACCAGCAAAUAUUAAGUAG